AUGUCCGUCCCAUACCCCUUCAAGUUCACUACUCCCAACCAGCCAACCUCCUCCAGCAAUGGCGAGACAGUACCUCUCACCAUUACGCUCGAAAAUGUCCGCGGCCGAAUCCCUUCUGCACAAGUGUCACGUCUCCGCACAAUGAUGUUGGAAGCACACAACGACCCCAGCAAGAUCAUCGCCCACGCCUGUUCCUACGACGGACUGUCCUCUCGACUCGUCGAAGAAUCCGGGUUCCCCAUCGUAUUCCUGGCCGGCUAUGCGGUAGCCAGCAGCUUCGGACUACCAGAUACAGGUUAUAUUGCCAUGGAGGAUCUCUGCAAGAAAAUCCAAGAGGUAGUGCGCCAGGUGGAUAUUCCUGUUAUGGCGGACGGCGAUACCGGAUACGGAAGCCCCAUGAAUGUCAAGAGGACGGUGGAGUCAUUCGCUGCUGCAGGCGCUGCAGGUGUUAUGAUCGAGGAUCAGACUUGGCCUAAACGAUGCGGUCAUACCAAGGGCAAGUCUGUUGUUCCUCGCGGUGAAGCCUACGCGCGUAUCCAGGCUGCUGUUGACGCCCGCAACGAGGGGCAGGAUAUCUUCAUUCUCGCCCGCACGGAUGCACUAAUUCAUGGCUGGGACGAAGCAAUGACUCGUGCCAAGGAGUUCAAAAGGAUUGGCGUUGAUGCCGUCUUUGUCGAGGCCUUGCCAGACAGAGAGUCUAUGCAACGAUGUGUUCAAGAGCUUGGCAUUCCUACCUUCGCUAAUAUUAUUGAGGGUGGUAAGACAGAGAACCUCUCUGCGAAGGACCUUGCGGAGCUUGGCUUCUGCUCCGUUGCUUACCCGUGGACGCUCGUCGCGGCUAAGCUGAAGAGCAUUCGGGAGACACUGGACGCACUGAAGAAGAGUAUGACCGAGGGACCACCACCGAUGAUCUUGAGCUAUGCAGAAGUUUGCAAGGGGGUGGGAUUCAACAAGUACUGGGAUCGGGAGGCUCGGUACGAGUUCAACCAGAAUGGUUUGGUCAACCAGCCCAAGUGA